AUGGGAACAUUUGCGAUCGACGAGCAAAAGUAUUGGGCGUCCCAAACUGAGAAGUUUUACCCGCAGGUGCACUACUCCCCGACAAAAGUUGGUUCUGUGUCGAAACCGACAGUGACAGAGAACCAAAUGUUUUCACAAAAAUUGCGGAUGUUAGAGAAGUCGUCGCAACAAGAGAUUGAGGAGCUGAAGGCUCAGAAGAAGGCAAUUCGACAAAGAAUUAUUAAAGCGCGUAAACAGUAUAAUGAUUGGGUACUCAACAAACAAAAUGAGAUGUUAAAUGAAUACAAAAAGGGGAGAGACGAGAUAAAAGAACAAGACCAAAAGAUUAAGGAGAUGAAGUUGAAGGAGAUGAAACGGCAGUUCGACCUUUGGAAGAGUCAAUUUGAAGAGAAAAAGAGGGAGUUCUUGACUCGGUUUAAAGCAGAGUUCGACUCUAUUAAAAACGAAAAGGAAGAGCGUACAAAGACUCUAAGUAAGAUGAUGAAUGAAAGAGAGCAGAUCAAAGACUUACUCAAAAACACACAACAGCCAGACUACGACUAA